AUCACCAAGACGACGAGGAAGACGUGGCUUCAUGGCGUAAAUAAAGUGUGUUAAAGGGCAGUGUAAGUCCUGCCAGCAGGAGGGACGUUACAAAGUUCACUCUGCACACCAACAACAAGUGUGAUAGCUCGCAGUGUUUGCUCGGCAGGCUCAAUGGCUCAGUAUUCUUGCGUUUCGGGCUCUGUUGGCUUGAUUACUCUCAAGAAUCCGCCUGUCAACGCACUCAGUGCAGCGGUGAGGCAUGGCAUCGUUGACACGGUGAAGAGAGCACUCAGUGAGCCGAAGGUGAAGUCGGUGGUCAUCUGUGGCCAGAAUGGAAUAUUCUGUGGAGGAGCCGACAUCAGGGAGUUUGCGUCAGACAUGUCCGGACCUCCGCUGGUACCGAUGAUCCACGCCAUCGAGGCGGCGAACAAGCCGGUGGUGGCAGCCAUAGAGGGAAGCGCUUUAGGCGGAGGCCUUGAGUUAGCACUUGGCUGUCAUUAUCGAAUUGCUCACUCUAAAGCCAGACUGGGGCUUCCAGAGGUGACUCUGGGUCUGUUGCCAGCUGCAGGGGGAACACAACGACUGCCAAGGCUCAUCGGAGUCCCCGCCGCAUUAAACCUCAUCACCACAGGCCGUCAUGUGACUGCUGCUGAGGCACUGCAACUUGGAAUAGUGGAUCAGGUUACUGAUCACAACACUGUGGACGCAGCUGUGAAGUUUGCCCUCAGUGUUGCAGGUCAGUCGCUGGACGCCCGUCGUAUAAGUACUUAUCCUUGUCCGCGCCCGUCUGAUUUGGACGCUCUGUUUGAUGGGGUGAUGCAGAAGGUGCGUCAGAGUGCCCGCGGAGCUAUAGCACCAGUUGCAUGCGUCCAGGCGGUGCGGGCAGCUGCCACCCUGCCUUACACUCAGGGCAUGGAGCGGGAGAAAGAGCUGAUGGCCACUCUCUUCACCUCAGGCCAGGCCCGCGCCCUGCAGUACUGUUUCUUUGCUCAGAGAGCCGUUGGCAGGUGGAGCAUGCCCAGUGGAGCCCGCUGGGACACAAGCAAGCCCAGGCCUGUACAUAAAGCAGCUGUCAUUGGUCUCGGCACCAUGGGGAGAGGCAUAGCAGUGGCCCUGGCUCAGACAGGGUUGUCUGUGGUUGCCGUGGAGACCCAGGAGAAGCAGUUGAUGGAGGCAAAGCAGGCGGUAUCCGGCAUGUUGGAGCGGGGGGCUAAGAGACGCGGGGUGGCUCCUGCGCUUGAUGGGAUCAGUUACAGCGGAAACAUCCAGGCUGUAGCAGACGCCGACCUGGUCAUCGAGGCUGUGUUUGAGGACAUGACCUUGAAGGAGAAAAUCUUCCAGCAGCUGUCCGCCGUUUGUAAACCAGGCACUUUCCUGUGCACCAACACUUCUGCACUGGACGUGGACCACCUGGCCUCUCAAACCCGCAACCCAGAGCUGGUGGUCGGGAUGCACUUCUUUGCCCCAGCCCACGUCAUGAAGCUGCUGGAGGUGGUGUAUGGGACACGGUCCUCUCCUCAAGCCGUGGCCACCGCCAUGCAACUGGGAAAGAAGAUGGGAAAAGUCAGUGUGGCUGUUGGCAACUGCCGUGGCUUUGUGGGGAACCGCAUGCUGAAGCCAUACCUCGAGCAGGCCUUCUUCCUGUUGGAGGAGGGUGCUGCACCUGAGCUUGUAGAUCGAGCACUGGAGGAGUUUGGAUUUGCCAUGGGUGUGUUCAGGGUGUCUGAUCUCUCUGGGCUCGACGUGGGCUGGAAAAUCAGGAAGGGAGACGGGCUGGCGGAGCCUGACAUGGCAACAGGGCAAUCGGCUAGGAUCCGACAAGGCCGCAGGUACAGCCCCCUGGGAGACCUGCUCUGUGAGCAGGGACGGUAUGGCCAAAAAACAGGCCAGGGAUGGUACCAGUAUGACAAACCGGGCGGUCGGGUUGCCAGGUCUGACCCUUGGCUGCACAGCUUUCUGGAGGAGUACAGAGCCCGGCACGGCCUGGUGGCACGGCGCAUAGACCAGCAGGAGGUGCUUGAGCGCUGCCUCUACGUCCUGAUCAACGAGGGCUUCCACAUCCUGGAGGACGGUAUAGCUGCAGGACCUGAAGACAUCGAUGUCAUCUAUGUCUCUGGCUACGGCUGGCCGAGGCAUCGCGGCGGUCCCAUGUUCUACGCCAGCAUGGUGGGGCUGGCAAAGGUCCUGGAGAGGCUGGAGCACUACCACCAGGCUCACCCUGAUGUGCCUCACAUGCAGCCCUGCAACCUCCUCAGGAGGCUGGUGGCCAGUGGCAGCCCACCCAUCCAAAGGUGGAGAGAAGUCAUCAAGAAACUCCACAGCCAGCUUUAAAUCUCAAAUACCCACAACAAGCUUUAAAUCAGCACCAUGAACGUCUCUAAUUUCUUAAUUCACUUUAACAGCGAGGAUCUUAUGAAUGAUAAACAGCCAAUGAACUGCAGAUACAUACAUAAAUUAUGAUUGUGGAUAAUAUUGUUGGAGCCUGUUGUGCUCUCUGUGAUUAUCAGUCAUAAUAUAGUAGACUGUGAGCCUUCACUUAGUUACCAGGUUAUGUUUAGUUUAUGUAUAACUUGGGAAAAUAAUGCAAUUCUUUACAAUCCUGCAAUAAAUCCUAUCUCUGUGGAGCUUAGAGGUUUUGCUUAAGUAUAUUAAUUGUAUAAUUAUUUUAAAUAUUUCCCUCAUGUAUGUAAAUGGGGUUGCAACUAGUAUAACUACUUUAACAGCUGAAUUGAUCACCUCUCUAACACUGUUGACAAAACUGAACAUGAAAAGCUUUACAAGAGAUUAAAUGUGUUGCAGGGCUGUUAUAUUGGAAUUCAUUAUAAUUUAUGUAUGUUUAUAAUAAACUGGUAAUUCUGUGUUUAAAAAAAGAAGAAAUACAAUGAUUUAAAUAUCUUGUCUAACUCUGCAAUAACACAUUUAUAUCAACGCAACCAAAACACACUCUGCUGUUAAAUCAUGAACUUUUGCAUUCAAAGAGAUGAUUUUGCUUCCUAUAUUAGGAUUUCUUGGUUAUUAAUAAUUAGGUUAUGUAUAAUAAAUGCUACUUUUUUACUUUAUGUACACAAUAUAUAAUACAAAUGUAAUCUACAUCUAUUAACUGAUGUGCCAAUAAAGACCUGUUAUAUACUCAUG